GUGAGUGAAUAUUUGAGAAGCAAGUUGACAAAAGGACCAUUGUUUCAUCAUAUACAGGCUCUUUGUGGCUUAUGCAAUUGGUUACUGGAAGCUCGCGGUUCAUUGAAAAGCAAGGACAGAGCCUUUGUAAUCCUAGAUGUGGCCAAUUAAACAGGCUGCAGCUACCACUUGGCUAAACAGGCAGCAGCUUCCACUUGGCUAAACAGUCUGCGUCCUAGCUAAAUAUGAAAAGAGGAAAGUCCGUCUCUCUUGUAUCCAGUCUCGGAGGGUGAUGUCAGUGGUAUUACUGCGUGCAGAUUAUCGGAAGGCUACCAACACAGCCCAAUGUACAGGCAAUAGGAGCCGGAUCAACACAGCGUCAUUAGGUGUUAAGUUGAGGUGCUUGUAAGUUCAUUCAUUUUAAUCCAGAUCCUACAGGGCUACUUACAAAGUGCCUACCUUUUGCGCUCAGACAGGGGAGCACGAAAACACGGAUACUUUUCUUACAGCCUAAAGCGGAAUAUUGCUUUCGAAAGAAUAUAAAAUAUGCCAACCAAUGGGAUACACCAGAUCCUUAAGAUCCAGUUUGGCUUAAUAAACUGUGAAAACAAAUAUUUGACAGCGGAAGCCUUUGGCUUCAAGGUUUAUGCAUCCGCUCCAAGCUUGAAAAAGAAGCAGAUCUGGACUUUAGAACAAGAUGAGAUAGAUAGUUCAGUGGUCUAUCUCAAAAGCCACCACCUUUCAAGGUACUUGUCUGCUGACAAAGAUGGUAAUGUAUCAUGCGAGGCUGAGAAACCGGAUAAAGACUGCCGUUUCUCCAUAACUGCUCAGUCGGAUGGGAGGUGGGCCCUCCAGUCCGAUCCCCAUAAACGAUUCUUUGGGGGUUCAGAGGACAAAUUGUCAUGUUUUGCGCAAACAAUCACAGAGUCAGAGCUUUGGGCUGUACAUCUUGCCAUCCACCCUCAAGCUAACCUACUAAGUGUCAGCAGAAGGAGAUACGCACACUUGAGCCCUCAGGAGGAUGAAAUCUCCACAGACAGUAACAUACCAUGGGGCGUGGACUCCCUUAUUACUUUAGUCUUUCAGGACAAAAAAUACUGCUUGAAGACUUGUGACAACAGGUACUUAAGGAACGAUGGGAAGCUGGUUAAAGAUCCUGAUGAUGGGACAGGCUAUACUCUGGAGUUCAAGGCAGGAAAGUUGGCCUUCAAAGACUGCACUGGGAAGUACUUGACACCUAUGGGUCCUACAGGUACCCUGAAAUCAGGGCGGAGUUCUAAACCUGGCAAGGAUGAACUUUUUGAUCUGGAGGAAAGUCACCCACAGGUUGUCUUUAUGGCAUCCAAUAGAAGAUAUAUCUCUAUCAGACAAGGUGUAAACGUCUCAGCCAACCAAGAUGAGGAGACAGAUUUUGAAACCUUUCAAAUGCAAAUUAAUAGAGAAACCAAGAGGUGUAGUUUUCAUACCAAUGCUGGAAAGUACUGGACCCUGGUGAGCCAUGGCGGGAUCCAGUCAACUGCCACUGAAAUUUCUGCCAACACAAUGUUUGAUAUUGAAUGGCGAGGCAGGAAAGUUGCACUGAAAGCCAGCAAUGGAAAAUACAUCUGUACAAAGAAGAACGGGCAGCUGGCAGCUGUCUCAGACACAGUUGGUGAAGAUGAGGAAUUCAUGCUGAAGCUGAUUAACAGGCCAAUACUGGUCCUACGUGGGGAUCUGGGGUUCGUUUGCUAUCACAAAACAUCGAACACACUUGAUGCAAACCGUUCAUCAUAUGAUGUUUUCCAGAUUGUCUUUAACAAUGGAGCCUACCAAAUCAAAGGUCAGGCUGGCAAGUUCUGGUAUAUCUCCAGCAAUGGCACCAUUUGCACUGAUGGAGAUAUGUCGGAGGACUUCUUCUUUGAAUUCCGAGAACACAAUCGUGUAGCAAUCAAGGGCAAGAAUGGCAAAUACCUGCGUGGCGACCAGGCUGGCACCCUGAAGGCAGAUGCAGAAUCUGUAAAUAUCGCAACCCUCUGGGAGUACUGAUGAACAUACAGCACCUCUUAGGUUUAGAGGACACUAGAUAAACGUCUUGGUGGCAACCAGUCAGAAUGAGUCAGAGAGAGGUUUUCCAGAAACCACCAUAAAGGACAGCGACACAGUUGAACCUGAGCAUUAUACUUCUCUAACGGUUCACAGCUUUGUUCUGAUUGUAAGUUGUGGAUAUAGUGACGCUCUCGAAACACUGGUCCCCUUAAGGCAUGUAAUUAACUAUCUGAUAAUACAAUUUAUAUUAUAGAUUAAGAUUAUCUAUAUUAGUUUUGUUACCUUCUUUGACUGUGCUCUUUGUGUACAGUCAAAAUGACCAGUGUAUCUUCUGCGGUAUACACUGUUAAAAUAUGUAACGCGUGUACUGUGUAAUUAAUAGUUACGUUACUGGGGCAGCUUAUUACUAGGGUAAAUCUGAUCAUUCACUAAUGCAGGUAAGGCCUGUCCAUAAAAUUUGUACAUGCAAACCACACAAAGUUGUCCAAAUAGGUGAUGGGCUUCAGAAGGCUUCUAGGUGCAAACUGACAC